AUGUCGAGUCCUAAGCGUCCAGAGUCGCCUGGGGGUACUGUCAAAAAGACAGAUACCCUGGGCACCAUGGACGAGCCCACCAAGCUCAACUCUGUGCCAGGUUUUAUGGAUGAGGUGACUCGAAUAGUUGACCACAAAGCUGAACGGCGCCUGUGUCGAAAGUUCGACUAUCGUCUUCUCCCUGUUUUGGCGGUUAUGUACUUGUUCAAUGCUUUGGAUAAGGGAAAUUUGGGUAAUGCAGAAACCGAUGGAAUGACUGACGACCUUCACUUCAAGCCAAAUCAGUACAACCUCCUACUGUCAAUAUUCUUCGUGCCAUUCGUGAUCUUUGCGCCACCAUUAUCAAUGCUGGGAAAGAAGUUCAGUCCAGCACGGGUAUUGCCAAUUCUGAUGUUCUCAUUCGGCUCUUUAACGAUGUUAUCCUCAGCCGCUUUCAACUUCAGCGGUAUGUUCGCCCUUCGCUGGUUUUUGGGCAUGUCCGAGGCUGCGUUCUUCCCGCUGGUCAUUUACUACUUGACCACUUUCUACCGCCGCGGUGAGCUGGCUCGUCGUCUGGCUGUGUUCUACGCCGCAUCCAACAUCGCAAACGCUUUCUCUGGACUCAUUGCUUUCGGGGUAUUCCAGAUCAAGGGAUCCAACCUUCCCAAUUGGCGCUACCUCUUCAUUAUUGAAGGUGGUGUCACUGUUCUCUUCGCCAUAUUUGCUUUCUUCUGGCUCCCACGCAGUGCCGCCGAGGCGAAAUUCUUAUCCGAGGAAGAGAAGGCGCUGGCAUUCCACCGGAUCCAAGUCGAUUCAAGUGCGGUUGUCAACGAGGAAUUCAGUUUCUGCGAGGCCAUUAAGAUCUUUAAGCACCCAACGACUUAUGUCUUCUUGUGCAUUGAAAUCUGUCUCGGUGUGCCAUUGCAGGGAGUCGCACUAUUUAUGCCGCAGAUUGUGGGACGAUUGGGCUUUCCCACUGUCAAAACUAAUUUAUACACCGUCGCGCCCAAUGUGACCGGAGCAGUGAUGCUGCUGAUUCUCGCCUUCACCUCCGAUUGGGUAAAACUUCGGUCGCCUUUCCUCGUUCUGGGCUUCUUGCUCACAUUCGCCGGGUUCAUGAUUUACGCCUCGAUCGAUGAUGUUCACCAGCAGGAGCAAGUGGCUUACUUUGCCACCUUUAUGAUGACUUGGGGUACAUCCGCUCCAUCGGUGUUGCUCAGCACCUGGUACAACAACAACAUUGCCCACGAGGGUCGCCGUGUACUGUUGACCAGUAUCGGCGUCCCGCUGGCCAACCUAAUGGGCUUGGUGAGCAGCAAUUUGUUCCGCAAACAAGAUGCACCCAAGUACAUGCCGGCAUUGAUCAGCGUCGGCGCAUUUGGAGCAACAGGUGCCUGCCUCGCUGGUUGCCUCGGACUGUACAUGUGGUUAGAUAACAAGCGCCGAGACCGUCGCGAUGGAGUCACUCUCCACGCGCGGGAUAUCCCAACAGAUCGCAUGAGAGAUGGACCGGCGUCUGCCGAGUUCCGAUGGUUUUUGUAG